AUGGUAACGGUGAACGAAAAUGGUGAGGAAACACAAAUGAAGCUAUCGACUGACCAACAAAUUCACUACAAGGAAUGCUCAUUCAGAGAAUUUACAAAGGACCAAGUAGUGGUUAUCCAAGUGGCCAGGCCACAUGUUGUCUAUGAUGCCGAAGAACACAUUGUUCGCUAUGCAUCCGCCAAUCUAGCAACGAAGCAACGCAGCGCUGCUGAGUUACCACUGCCCGGCACGGAAGAUCGACACCACGAACGACUUGGCCAUCAACAGGUGCAUCAUCACCAAGAGCCCGGCGAUAAACUUGAAGAGAACCGGAGGCCGACCUGCACCAGUUGCCUGGAGAAUAUUUGCGAGAGCGGGCGGCAUCUCUGCACGCUACCGCAUAUGAACUGCACUCCGGUGGAACGUUCCUACCGUUGCGAAUGCGUUACUGGCUAUCACGUGGAGCACGACUCAUCGGUGCAGCUGGGUUGGCGAUGUGUUGAUGUGAAUGAAUGUGAACGAGGCGAACAUACCUGUGAUCGAAAUGCGAUCUGUACAAAUGUGGAAGGUUCUUUCGAAUGUCGAUGCAGAGAAGGUUAUGAAGGCGAUGGGCACCACUGCCAGCGU